UCCGCCCUCUAGUGUUGGUUUAAAUUAAUAGAACACACGUGUUUCAUACUAAAUCUAUUUUUCGUGUAAUUUGUUAAACAUGCCGAAAUCCAAAAGAAAUAGACAAAUUACUCUUACCAAAACAAGAAAGAAAGGUUUAGAAAUGAAGCAGCAUUUGAUAGAAGAAAUUCAAAAAUGUGUUGACAGUUAUGCUCGUGUAGUCCUCUUUUCUGUUCGCAAUAUGAGAAAUAAUACUCUAAAAGAUGUCCGGGAAGAAUGGAAACAUAGCAGAUUCUUCUUUGGAAAGAAUAGAGUUAUGGCAAGAGCACUUGGAAGGACACCUGAAGAAGAAUAUAGAGAUAAUCUUUAUAAAAUCAGUGAAAAAUUGAAAGGUCAAUGUGGGUUACUUUUCACAAAUUGUUCAAAAGAUGAAAUAUUGAGGUUAGUUUCUAUUCAUCUAAAACUCUGUGUUUAUGAAAAAUUAUUUUUUUAACAACUCCUCAAUAAC